AUACUGGGCCUAUGAGCUUUCUUCAUCUUCACUUGUUGUCUUCCCACACACAAACUUUACCUUGUAUGAAUUUAUGCCAUUAUUCCAAAAAGAGGUCUUUAAUUAAAUGACGGAUUCAAGCUGAAGUGAACGCGCUAGAAAAGUGAUUAUCGCCGCUCGCGGAAAAUGACCAAUAAGUGAAAGCCUUGAGCCGCCAAGUGCCGCAUUUAAUAAUCUACUCUCAGUCGUUUACACAUACAUUGUCAACAGCAUAUUUACUGAAGGCAGAUAACAAACAACUACCUUCCUUAGAAAGGUAGAGCUUUUGAUACGAGAUCUAACAGAACGAACUUGUCCCCGAAAAAUGUGUAUAUUUUGAGUGAUUAAGAAGCAGCGCGGAAAUGGGCUGUGUAGUGUCGAAGAAUCCAUCUACAGUGGCCAAAAUAGUCCCCGGUGGAGGCGAGGAGAAACUGUUUGAGACAUCUCGUAUCCCUCUAGAUGCGAAGGAGACUCAAUUGGUUCGCAAAACAUGGGCAAUUUUAGGGGACCGUCAAGUCGAAGUUGGCAAGUCAUUAUUUCUCAGGUUCUUCGAAGAGCACCCUACAUCAAAAGAUCUCUUUCCUGAAUUCCGUAAUAUCAGCAAUGAGAAAAUAGCCGAAAGUCCGGCAUUAUACGGCCACGCCCGACGAGUUAUGAAGUCUGUUGAUAACGCAGUGGCUUCUAUAGAGAAUGUCCAAGUCUAUUCUGCGUACUUAUACGAACUCGGUACUCGGCACCAGACGAGGCAACUGUCAGAGGAACAACUCAAGUUCAUGGGGGGUGCGUUCCUUUUCGCCAUGCGCUUGCACCUGAGAAAGGAAUGGUCACGUGCAACCUCCAAGGCUUGGGAAAAGAUCUUCUCGUUUAUGGCCGACGCAAUGAUGCGUGGAUGCAAAGGAUGACGGGAUAUUAAAAUGCGCGGAUGCAAAGGAUAACGGAACAUUGAAAUGCGAGGAUGUAAAGGAUGAUGGGAUAUAUGUCUUAUAUCAUUUGUACAUGGGAAUGUCAUCUAUAUACCAAGUUUCUGGAUGUCAAAUUUCUGGAACCCUGCAAGCGUAAUAAAGUAUCAAAUAACGUUUGUUUUCAAGUUGCUGGCUAUCAGCUAUGGCUAGUAAGGAAAAUUAAAAAGAAGAAAAGGAACGAUAAUACAGUACAGAAUAUCAUACUAAACUUUCCCAACAGGAAAAGCGUUAUUGUAUAUAUAGUAUUGUAAAUCCCAGGUACUUGAAAAGGGUAUGGGUGAUAAGGGUGGGGUGACAGUCGAAAAAGCGUAACAGUUACAAUAAAUAUACGAAUUUUAAAAUAAUUGCGAAUUUUUAUUUCCGAAGCUAUGUGCAUUUACAAUCAUCCUUCAGUUUUUCAAAUAGAUCUUCAGUUUAUAGGCAGCUCAUAUUCUGAUAUUUGAGCAGAGAAGGAUGAAGAACAAACAUAUUAUCACUCCUAGAGUAGUGAAACCAGUUGUUGAACCCAGAUAACCCAUUAUUUUCAUAAGCAACAAUUAAAUACGUACCUAAAUAACUAUAACAUGUAUGUUGCGAGAAAAAAGGCCAAAAGUAGCAAAAAAGGAUAUCAAGCAGAUUAAAAAGCGCCUUCAGCCAAUUGUUCGCUAAAAAGCAUUGAGUUAUCUGGGUAAAAUGUAGAUGUUCACUUAAAAGGAAAACUAAUUCUAGAAGAAUUCGAGUUCGGAAGGUAGAAAUACAGUAGAGAGACAGUAGAGCAUGGCCAACUUUGUAGAAAUAAUAGAAAUCAGUUCGACAAAAGCAGGGUUCGAAUUAAUGGACUCGAACUCUGAAGGGAAAAAUAUAAAAAACUAUUGUUCUAUAAGCCCAUGAUAUUUUUCCUCUAAAUAUAUGCAUAAACCCCAUGGCGAAACAAAAUAGAUCUAGAUAGUGUUUUUUUUUUCUAGAUUUAUGUUUGUACGAACAUUUGUUGUUGAAAUAAAUAGUCACUUGUAAAGUA